UCCUUCUGAAAAUGAUUCAAAAAUUACUUGGAUAUUAGGCCUAAACAGAGGUAGGUUUGGGGGCGUUCCUGGUUUGGUGGACAUGCCUGAUCUGGAGCCAGUCUGGAGUGAUUGACAGUGAUUGACCCGUUUGGACAAGGCCAAGAUUGUCAUUCGCUGGUCGAGUUCGAGUAGCAUACAGCAUUUUGAUUCAGUAUUGUUCUAAUUACGGCUAUUUCUCUUUAUUUGUCGGUGGAGUACGCAUUUCCCACAGACUGCUGUUCGUUAGCUUGUAAUAAGUUUACGGUUCAACGUAAUUAUUGCGUGUUUUUCGGUUAGUUGUACUAACAGACCCUCCAAAGAUUCACCCAUUUUUUUCGGUGGAGGUGGUGCAGGUCCUCCUUCAUUGCUGCGACGAGAUUGAUGCUUAGACAUCCCCAAGAUCAUUCCCACCACAGUGGAGGAGGAAGAUACGUGGUACUGCUCUUCCUUGUAGAGAGUGGUUGAAGAAAGGGAGAAGGCUCUUCCACCUCAGACUACCCCAGCCAAACCAAUAGAGAUACCAUCAACACCAAGUCGACGGCGGUACUGCGCCUGUAAGCUGUACUAACCGCCAAUAAACAAGCAGACAGUGAAGAAGAAGUGGGAAACAGGACGCUGCGUCUGAUCUGAGAACCUGCAGACUGCUCAACAUGAAUAAACCUGUUUAGCUUCUGUAACAGCCUAAACAACAGACUGUUUCUUUGUCCUACAUAUCGGCUGAGACAAACCUACAGCUGGACUUCAAUUUGGUUCAUCAAGCUCGUUGAAGUUUCUCACUUGAUCCACUCAUCAUGGUGGACUACUACCAGGUUUUAGGAGUACGGAGGGAUGCAUCUGCAGAUGACAUAAAGAAAGCGUACAGAAAGCUGGCCCUGAGGUGGCACCCUGAUAAAAACCCAGAGAAUAAGGAGGAGGCUGAGAAGAAGUUCAAAGAGCUGUCAGAGGCUUAUGAAGUCUUGUCAGAUGCCAACAAGAGGAGUAUAUAUGAUCGUUAUGGGAAAGAGGGACUAACAGGGAGCAAUGGAGGAAGAGGGAGCCAUUUCCACAAUGGAGAGCAUUUCCAUGAACAGUUCACAUUCCGCAACCCAGAAGAUGUAUUCAGGGAAUUCUUCGGUGGCAGAGACCCAUUUGCAGACUUGUUUGGUGCAGAUCCUUUUAGUGAUGAUUCUUUUUUUGGCAGUGGCCGGCAGCACCAAAGCCGGGCGAGUCGCAGCCGGACAGGUGGCUCAUUUUUCGGAGGCUUUGUUGGUUUUCCUCCCUUUGGUGCUGGCUUCUCACCUUUUGACCCAGGCUUCAGUUCUUUUGGCUCCAUGAGUACCAUGGGUCAUAUGGGUCACAUGGGUCACAUGACAACCAUGGGAGGUCUGGGAGGCGGAGGCUUCACUUCUUUCUCUUCCACCUCCUUUGGGGGAGGAGGUGGAGGAGGCAUGGGCAACUUCCGCUCUGUGUCAACCUCCACCAAGAUCAUCAAUGGCAGGAAGAUCACUACUAAAAGAAUUGUGGAGAAUGGUCAGGAGCGGGUGGAGGUGGAGGAGGACGGGCAGCUGCGUUCAUUAACCAUUAACGGUAAGGAGCAGCUGCUGCGACUGGAACACAAGUAAAGACCGGAACGUCCUCUGCUGGAGAAGUGUUACCUCAGCACAAACAUACCAACAAACUUGACCUUGAAACGGAGGGAAAAAAAAGCAACAAAACGAUGUAAUAAUAGUGCUCUACUAUUGUUUGGGUGUACAUAUUUAGGUUGUGUUUAUUUCCCCUCAUGUCCUGUCCCUGCUGACUCUCAUUUGUGAACCAACGAUUCAGAUCACAGGAUUUGGAUGCAGACUUUUCUAUGCAUUUUGUUAAUGUAUUUCUGAAUUGGAGCUUUCAUUAUAUUUUGGCUCAGGGUGGUGUUAUUGUUUCAGUGUUUGGGACCACAGUAUUGUUCUGAUGUAUAUGACCAGACACCCCCCCCCCAUACUUUCUGUAUGCACUGUGUGUCAGUCUGUGUGCCAACAGCACACACGCUUUGUUCAGAAAACAAACAAUAAUUUGCUUUUUCAUCUGAAUGUUAAAAAAAAAAGUUUAAUUUGAUUUUACAAAGUGGUUAGGAAAAAUUUAAGCAUCUUCCCUGUCUCUGUUUACUGCUUGUCUAACCUCUUCUUAGUAAUAAUUCUUUUUUAUUAAAAAAAAAAAUAGAAUACUAGUAGGAUGAGUUAUGCAAUUUUGUAUGUUCUAAUACCAUUGUGUUUUUUGUUUAUUUAAUUAUGCAUGUACACCUAUUGAUGUUGAGUCUUAAUGUUAAAUCUGCAUUAUGAUGCACAAUUAAUGGAAGGCAUUCUAUAAAUUAUAUAUGAAUAUAGAAGGAAUUUUGUGUACUUUGUAAACCAAUAAAUCUGAGUUUCAUCCUGUUUUCAGGAUGCUGAAA